AUGUACCAAGGGACGGAAUACAUUUCAAUGUUUAGACCACCUUCACAAUCGAGUAUGGAAGAAACCAGCAAUCCUUAUACGAAUUUCGCAUCUAUUUCCCAAACAUCAGGAUCUUCACACGAUAAAGUUGGUCAGUCCCAAGAGUUUAUAACUCAGGUGUUUAAACGUUCCUUAGCAGAUUCGUCAGUACCACGAAUCACACAGACCAUAGUUUCAGGGGAUUGCUGUAGUGAAUGUUGCCCUGUGGUUGCUGCACAGGCUGCUUCAUCUGCUCGAAAGACGGAAUCUAACCACAUUAUGAAUGAGUCGGAUCUGCCGAGUCAUUAUUACCAACCACCCCUUACUCAAAACAUGAGCAGUUAUGAUAAUUUCUCCGUAGCUCCUCGACAAUCAUUAUCUGCCUUUCGUUCCAUAACAUCACCUCAACUUCACAAGAUAAUACAGGAAGAAAGUAAUUUGUCACCUGUUUCCAACAAUCGGAAUGAAACUCCAACUUAUUAUGUUCAUGGAUUAGGUUCUGAUUUUUCUAUUAUAUCAAAUAUUAGUAAUAAGAAUUCAAGAGCUCGGGUUCCGGAAAUCUCCGAGAGUUACGGCCCGUCUAGUAAUGGUAAUCCUUCCACAAAUUCACGGGGCAUGAUGUCGUCGCAGGAGAAUAAUACUAGUCUAACAAACGAUCCUAUAUUAGAAUCGAGUAUAACUGAAAAAAGGGAUAAUAGCACAUUAAGUAGAAUACUUUCUCGAUUAUCACCAGACUCUGUGUCGGGAACAAAAAGAAAACAUGACGAAAUUAUUGAUGAGGCACGAUGUCUUUGGGCAACAUGUGCUGCUGUGUUUAGGUCCAUUGACGAUCUAAUACCUCAUCUUUCAAAGCUGCACGUUGCCGGUCGUAGUAAAGGAAAUUUGUGUAGAUGGGCAUCGUGUUCAAAGGAAAAGGAGGGGAGUGAUGAGUUGAUUCAGCAUUUAUGCUCAGAUCACUUGGGAACGCAAAAGCCUCAACACGGAUGCAAAUGGAAAGGAUGUUAUUUGCGAUUUGUCACAUUUGAAGAAUUAACAGGUCACGUUAGUGAAGGUCACAUCGGUUGCGGUAGAAGUCAAUAUAUUUGCUAUUGGGAACAAUGCGAUAGAAAGGGACGCCCGUUCACCCAACGCCAAAAGGUUAUGAGACACAUACAAACACACACAGGAGAUAAACCAUACCAAUGUACGGUUUGCAAAAAAAGAUUUUCGGAAGCAAAUAUAAUGACGCAACAUAUGAGAACACACACUGGCGAGAAACCGUAUAAAUGUCCACAACCUGAAUGCGAUAAGACAUUUUCAAUUUCCGGAGCUCUUACUAUACAUCUGCGCGUGCACACAGGCGAAAAACCUUUCAAAUGUAAAUUUGAGGGGUGCGUUAAAUAUUUUGCCGAAUCUUCAAAUCUUACCAAACAUUUGUCACUUGUAACAAGAAAUUUUCAAGACCGGAUCAGGUUACACGUCAUCAGAAGACCCACGCCAAAUAGUUCAAAUAGUUCUUACGUUGAAUGGAACGGAUGA